AUGGAAUCUGAAAUUGAAUUAGCAGAAAAAAACUUUAAAAUAAUUGCUGACUCAGCACCAUUUUCACUAUGGAUUUCUGGAAAAGAUAAGAAAUGUUUUUAUUUUAAUAAAUCAUGGUUAGAUUUUACAGGUAGAACUAUGGAGCAAGAAUUAGGUAAUGGUUGGGCUGAAGGUGUUCAUCCCGAUGACUUAGAGAAUUGUAUAUCAGUUUAUAUUUCACAUUUCAAUGAAAAAAGCCCAUUCAAGAUGGAAUAUCGUUUACGACGUUAUGAUGGCUUAUAUAGAUGGGUAUUGGAUACUGGUCAUCCUCGUUAUGCUCCAAGUGGUGAUUUUUUAGGUUUCGUUGGCUCAUGUAUUGAUGUCACUGAUAUGUGGUUUGCACAUCAUGAAAUGGUGUCAUAUACAAAACAACAGGAAGAGUUAGUUGGAUGUUCAAAUAAACUCAUGGAUACUUUAUAUGAUUCUAAACAAUCAGUACCACAAUCGCCACAAUCAUUAAAUUAUAAUGAUGAUAAUAGUAAUAAUAGUAUUUCAAACAAUAGUGACGAUUUUAUAAACAUGGUUUUAAAAUCAGCAUCAGUUUCUUUAAACUCAAGCUCGGUAGUUUUAUUUAAAAUUAAUCCAAAUAACAGAUUUGAAAUGAAUGUUGAGGCAGUCUACAAUAACGAAUAUGGCAGCGUACCAGAUGACGUUAAAAAGUUAUCAACUUUUACAUUACCAAACGAUUUUUGGGACACCUAUAAUGGCAGCAACGGAUCGUUUGCAUUCUUUUCAAUUUUAUUCCACAAAUAUUUCACACCAUAUCUUCAAUCAUUUGGUAUUAAAAGUAUUAGUGCAACACAUAUCAGCUCAUUCAACGAAAAAUUCUAUGGAUUUGUUGUUGUAGGUUCGACUAUUGAAAGAGAGUAUUCACCCAUCGAGCAAAAUACACUCAUUAGUAUGGCAAAUUUAUUGGGAGUUUAUAUUGGUAAAAAUGAAGAGGCUAAAGUAUCACAAUUCAAAGAUUUAAUUUCAUCAAGUAUUUCAAAGAGUUCAGAUAAUCCAAUUCUUACAGUAGAUAGAUCAGGUUCAGUAGUCGAUAUGAAUCCCAAAGCUGUUAAAGUCCUCUUACCUAGUAAUAGCUCUGGUCAAGCAUCAGUAUCACAAUUAUCUUCAAUUAAUAUAAUGUCAGUUUUCCCAUUCCUAAAGGAUUUACCAUCAUCUUCUUUCUAUACUGCUGUUCAAACCAACUACUUUUCAAAUAAAAAUAGAUAUUUCAAAGAGGAUAGCGAUCGAUUCUUUGAAACCUCUUGUAUCACUUCUGACGCAUCAAAUAACAAAGAAAUCAACCUUCCAAUUCAAAUAUUAAUUAAAGAAAUUUCAAGCGAAAAGGAUGAUGACCAAUUAAUCUUCCUCUUUAUCUUAAAGGACCUAUCAUUAAUUAAAAAGCUAGAAGAACAAGAAAAAACAAUUAAGGAACAAAAGAAGUUAAUUGAAGAAUUAGAAAAAUUAAAAUUAAAAUAUGAAUCACAAAAUCCAAUUCAAUUUGAAAAAGAAAAGAUUGAUGAUAAUAAUGUUGUUAAAAAAUUAGAAAAAUAA